AUGCUGGAAAAGAUGGCAGAGAGGCUGGAAGAGGAGUGGAUGCUGGAUGGAGAGGAACUGGUUCAGAACGUGAGUGCCGGAGUGCUGGUGAGUGACUUGACACUGGCACUCCAAAGCGUCGGGCGUCAACGUUCGGGACGUUACCAAUGCGUCGCCUCCAACGUCGAGGGCGACGCACACAGCCACAGCGUCGACAUUAGCAUCAAGUACGCGCCAAGGUGCGCCGUGGCCCCUGCGCUGAGAGGCGUGGCGCUGUUUGAGCUAACUAACAUCACCUGUGUUGUGGACGCUGACCCCAUCAAUGUGACCUUUAAGUGGACUUUCAACAACUCUGUGAGGCGGGACCAGAGCGAAGUGGUCAGCAGCAGGAGGUACACACAGGAGGGCCUGAGCAGCACUCUCUCCUACACCCCCAUGUCCGAGCGAGACUACGGUACGCUUCUGUGUUUCGCUACCAACAACGUGGGCGGCCAGAGUGACCCUUGCUCCUUCACUAUCAUAUCUGCAGGUCCUCCAGAGGAAGUCAGCAACUGCUCAGUGGUCAACGUGACGUCUCACUCCGCCGGAAUUAGCUGUUUACCGGGGUUCGACGGGGGUCUUCCUCAGAAAUUUCAGCUCCAGGUGUGGGAGAUAGACACAGGCCGGCUGGUGUUGAACACAUCCGGCAGCACUCCGGUGUUCUCCGCCCGGCCGUUGGAGCCGGAUAGGAACUACAGGGCGAGUAUCCAUGCCUACAAUUCCCGAGGUCGGACCAGCCCCACCAGACUCCACUUUCUCACACUCAAGGAAGCUGAGAUGCACAAAAGUCUGCCGUCGAUGGUGGAGCCGUCACCGCUUGUGCUAAUCAUGGGCGUGGUUGCGGGCGUGCUGGUGGUGGUGGGCGCCCUCCUGCUGGCCAUCUGGCUGGUCAAAGAACGAAGGACACACGCCCAUAGAGACACCACCGUCACCCAGAUCGUUCUCAAGGACAACAAUCCGGAUCUGUUGAGUGUGGAGGCUUCUGAGGAAGGAGCAGCCGUGAGGGUGAAUGGCUCCGUCAAGGCGACAGUAUAUACAUCUUCAGGUCAAACUAAUGAGAUGUCCAGCUACCAGAGAUACGACGAAGAUGCUGCCUCCCUCUACGGCUCGUCCUCUCCGGAGGCCACGGAGAGGACCAGGCUUACCUCCUCCUCCAACUCCUCUUCCUCUAAGGGCGGUGGAGUUGGAGGAGGAGGAGUAGUCCCGCUCGGCCGGACUGGAGGUAAUAUAGGAGUAAACCUCCUACGAGGAGGCCUCGGAGGACCCUCCACGUCUGCGGGAGUGGACAUCGAACCUGACCUCAGAAGACAGACGACUGUCAGGCUAUUCGUCACAAGCAGUCCAGAGGCAUCGUUCUGAAGGGAGACAGAAACUAACUACCCUUUUAACCAAUAAUUAAGAACCUGUGCUUCUCGAACGAUGGUUCCGAAGUCUGUGUAGAAACAGUGGAUCCACUCAGCAACCCGCCCGCUGAGACGCCCCCAGUUUAAGGCCGGAUGGGAUAAUUAUAUUUACCAUACAAAUUUGAGGAGAAGUUAGAGAUAUCUGACAAGUGAUCUUGAAGAGAUUUUAGGACAAUGGGGACAUUUGUAAAUGGGUGUUUGAGGCUGGUAGCUCUCAGGACAUCGUUAAUGGAAGUGCUCCAGCGCCCCACUCUGUCUGAGUUAGUGGGUUCCAGUCCUCUGCUAAAUUCCAGUUCUCAAAGGAGAAAUAAGUGCCAUAUUCUCCUUAACUGUAUAAAAC